CUAGGCCUCGGACAUCCGACUUCCUCAUCGCCGCAUUUUCAUUACUUUCUCCUUCAUCUUUUUCAUCUUUUUUUCUUUUUCUUUUUUUCCAUCGCCGGCUACACUUGCCUGGGAGACUGCCCUAAGUCUCUACCAUCAUCGCCAAAUAUGGCUUCGUCUGACGACGGGGUAGCCAAUCAUGGCUGGCCCGCGGGACUUAUCCCCAUCGAGCUGUUUACGAUGAUUGCGGAAAACUUGGAUCGCGAUGACGUGAAGGCGCUUCGUCUUGUCAAUUGGGAAUUCAAAGAUAAUUUGCAAGAUUACUUCUUUGAAAGAGUGGUUAUCAGCGUGAACUUCAAGCUUGGAGAAAUAUUCAACAUUCCCGGUCAGGGCUAUGGCGACUCUGUCCACCCUGGUAUCACGGAGUAUCUUGCAGACGCUGACAGUCUACGCAAAUUUUCUCCUCAUGUACAGCGCCUUGCCUUGGCCCUGGAGCUCAGCGAGCAGGAGUUGGCGACUCCCGAAGAUGACGGGCAGGAGAUGCUCAAGGUUCGAGACUGGGGCAUCUUCAGAUGGCCGGCAGACGAAAAACACCGAUCCAAUACACGCCUGGCGAAGAUGGCCCGAGCCCUGGAAAGUGGCCGAGGGGUCUCAUAUAUCUUGGCCAACAUGAAGGACAUCCGAGAGCUCGCACUAUCUUGCGACGGCGGUCUUGGCUAUCUUCAGGGCCCUGAUGUCAAUCUCUACCACUCACCGGGACUUUUCCCCAUUUUUAGCAACCCUACCAAAGUCGGCAAUGUAGUUCGACCCGAAGAGGAUUGGGUUCGGCCUUCCCCAGGGGUAAAAUUCAGGAAGUCAUAUAAGCUAGAGAUCAUGGAAAAGAAGCUAGCUGCUCUUGGAAUACCACCUGGUCAAAUUUCAGCUGAGAUCAAGAGGAUGGUAAGCUUCGAGGGAACCGGCAUGGAUGGCUUCACGCGUGAGAAACGAUCGCGAGCUUCUCUCCCCAGCAGCCGUUAUGGGGAUCUUCAAAUUACCCGGCCCUCUAGGUCUCACUCUGCAUACCGGCUGCAACCGGACCAGCUGACGGAGACUCAGGAGCGGCUCUUAUUUCAAUAUAUUACGGCUCACCAAGCCCUAAUACAAUCAAUUGUCCUGUAUAUGGCGGACAAUGGCUCGGCAUACGCGAACUUGACCAAGCUCAGUAUUGCUCGACUCCCAAGUUUACAUGUCGAUCUCCUAUGCCGAGACGACUUCUGGGUCGGCAUACCUAAGCUAGAAGAGGUAUCUCUAGCCAUUGUGCCCGACUGGAGGGAGAUGAUUGAAGAGAACAUGUACUAUAUCGAAACGAGACAGGUCUAUCCCACCAUGGCCAUGCCCAAGGUCUAUCGGCUACUCGAAGAUUACAUCGGCAAGCAGUCACGGGUCAAGAAGCUCCAUUUCGAGUGGCUCUGCGGUGGAGAGUUCGCUCCCGGCUGGCUUCAGAGGGAGAGAAACAUCUUGCCAGCCCCCUUCUUGAAAAAACACAGGCUAGUGAUCUAUUCGGGAGAAGAGAACCUUCUUAUUCUGCCCCACAUCAAACACCUGUCUCUGAAGAACUGCUGGUUCGCUCCGAACGUGUUCUACCAAAUCAUCCGCACGAUGUCCAGGGAGUAUUCUCUCGAAUCGCUGGAGCUGGAAUCCGUCUCUCUAACGGGCCCGCCUAUCUUCAGGGAAACCAUGGCCGACGAGGACGAUCCGGGUCACCAUCCCUGGCCGCAAGAAAUGUACCCUUCCACCGACUCGGAGGCGCCCGGCCUGCUCCAAGACCCCCUGCCGCUCUCCUGGAGCCACGUCAUCGACAUGCUCACGCCGGGCGAGACGAUCCGCGAGCGCAUCCAUGCGCAGCAGUUCCCGUCCGACCCGCCUCUGAGCAUCAGGAAAGACCUCCGUCUGCGCAAGCUGACCUUUAAGUCCUGCGGGUACGUGCUGAUCGCGGACCGGCGCUUCGUGUCGAUCAGACGGCUCAUCCACCUCAACUACCCGCCCGUCCUGCGGCCGAAAGCACGCAGCAUGGCGCGCGCGUACUUGGACAAGUGGGCGGAGCUGUCCGGGCUCCUGCAGGUCAGCACGGAUCGGCACCUCGGCGCCGUGGCGCCGCUGCUCGACCCGCGCGAGGAGUACGCGCUGCGCCGGGUGUUCGGCCUGCACGCGGGCUGGCCGGGGACGUACGACUGGCUUUUGUUCCGCGCGUCGGAGGAGGACGGGAUCACGGCCGCGGGCGUGGGCCGGUUCAGCGGGACUAUUGAGGUGGACGCGGAUGUUAUCUCCAGACGGCUCGAGAUGAUAGGAGAAGAAGAAGAAGAAGAAGAGGAGGAGGAGGAUGAGUCCGACUACGACUUCGACGACGACUUCGACGACGACGACUCUGACGACAAACAGGAAGAAGAUCCCGCUGUUGGUAGUCGUGGUGGUUUCGUGGGAGAAGAACGAGGAUACCAGCCUUACGAGUACGACAUCGAUGUUUUCGACAUCGACUACGAGGAGCUGGAUCAAGAGGAUCUUGAUGACUUGCUGUUCGGCGCGGAGAUGCGGUUGGGUUACAACCUCACAUUCCCUGAGGGAUACGUCCGGCCGGAGAACGACGAAAACUAAAGUACCUCUUACUCGACUAAACUAGGUAACUACCUCCUAAGUCGUUGGGGAAUAAUAUCCCGUUCGGACGAAGAACAACAUAUCUGCCUUUACGGUACUAGCAUCCCGCUCUCGGGAAAUGGCCUGUGUACACCACAUACAUUAGGUACACCCAUCUUUGUCGACAGGCCUCCUUCAUAACGAUCAGUUGCGUUUCUCAGCUCGGUUUUCUUGUUUUCUUGUUUUUUUCAGCAUUUCCA